AAAUCUACUUACUGGCUAUUAUUCACGUGUUGCUAACCCAAAAAUCUCUUUAUAGUUGACUUUGGCUCCAAAGACGCUGCCCAUCUCCUUAGGUACGAAGAUCAAGCUGGAAAAGAAGCGCAACCAUGCGAAGCUUUCUCAAAUCCAUUUUCAAGCCAUCACCAUCUUCGAACCGAUCGACCCGGCCCCGGAAAAGGUCAAGAGAGUCGCCAUUUACUACCCGUUAUUACUCAGAAUACAAUCCGCAACCGGAGGAUCUUGGAACCCUCCCUGAUGCUUUACAAGGGCAGCUCAUGAUUGACAAUAACGAAGAGACGGAGAGCACUAUUCCGCGACUACUCCGGGUUCUGGAAGAUCGUGGACAGUCAGGGGAAGAGGGCAUGAUUACGCCUUACCUUCAUGAGGGCAGAAAUUAUAGGACUGGAGAUACUAUCACUACAAGCUCAUUGUCCAUUAAUGAGAGGGUUGGUCUUGUUGAAGCAGUCCUUCAGGCGAAUGACGAAGCUAUCAACGAUCUGGAGAAGUUGCUGCAAACAGCUUUCGGAAUGGCCCCCAACUCCCGUUUACUUGGACAGAUGAUGAAUCUACUAGAGACUCAAAGGCAUGAGAUUAAUGAAAUGAAGCCGUACAUCGAGUCUAGGCCUUUCCCAUCUCUUCUCACUCUUCAACAGAUCUAUGCUAAAGUUGAUGGAGAGAUCAACAAUCUGGCCGAUCUACCGGAUACUGUGGCAAGGGAUACGCUGGUGACGCUUGUACAAGUCUUACAAGAGGGCCCAGACUACUUGAUUGAUGUCUGCCUGAUCUCUAACAUAGUAUGGUACGCCAAAAUUGUCGACCUCUCCUACGCUGCAUCUAUUCAGCAUAUGCUGGACAAGGCUAUUGACCAAAAGAGCAAUCUUACAACUUUUCGAGGUGCUGUCGAAUCCAUUUUUGCUAUAAGUGCUGCGUUGUCUGUCGAUUUCUUGGAUGAUCAAACGGCUGAAAAUGCCUAUAGGGACUUGGGCGCCUUGUUAAGACAGUUAGAAUUGAGAAUGGAAUCAAGCAAAGAGAUCACUCCUGAGACUAUUAUUGUAAAUAGUGUGGUAGGGAGUUCAGCUACAACGGGGGCCAGUACACCAACCCCUCCACCCAUGCCUGGAUACGCAGCCGACACGUCUAUAUUAUCGCCCGCUGUCUUAUCCCCCUCAUCUUCAUUUCCUUCGUCUCCUAAUGCUUCCGAAUUCAAAUCCAUAGAUAUGAAGGAGCUUCAGACCCUUUUUGGUACCGGAGUCAGUACACCUGUAACACCUUUAUCCGGAUUGUCAUCUUUCGACGCCACACCGACCGACACCACUGCCAAGCCCACACGGGCUCCGUCCUCUUCGGCAGUGUCAGUGGCAGGAUCGGACAGUUCCGAGGAGAUUUGGGAGUACCGAGGUCAGUUCCUGACCCGCUCGGCAUUGGACCUUGUUUUGAGACAAGAAACUCUUGCGCAAGCGGAUAGCUCCGGCCAAUACGCAGGAGAGGCAUCAUGGGAUGAUUUGAGAGGCACAUGGAUACCUGUUUGGGUCAAGAAACUCAAAUUAAGUGAUUUGGCGGAAGGGGAGAUACCGGAUUCAAGUCCUGCUGGAUUCCAAGAGCGAGAUACGGAUGCGUGGGGAAACAAGAUUGGAUGGUAUGGAUCGCAUAAGGAGAUGUAUUACAAAGAAGAACCAAAGUGGGAAUUAAAAGAUUAAUCUAUAUUGCUGUUGAUUUAUUAUACAUUCAUACAGUGACAUGACUCCCACAAGUCUUGACUCCUACCAAAGUCCUUUACGCCUUGACUUUCUCCAACCCAGGAAGGAACUCAUAACCACCCUCUUUCCUGACCUUGUCGAAAAUCUGAACUUCCUGUCAGCUAAAGGCUUAAAAACUGCACUGUGGUAGUAUCCUCACCUCCAUAGUCAUCGUCGUCUCCGCAUGCGGCAUGCUCGGACACUCCUUCAACCCGUCUCUCAGACACCUGGCCACAGCAUCGGCUUCCCAAUACAGCCCAAACCCAUCGAAAGUCAUAUCGAUUGUCUCAUCCUCGUAGUCCCCGUCCUCAAUCUCGGGGUUAAGAAGUCUACGGAUAGUAUACUUUUGAGGGCGAGAAGUGAGGCCAUGAACGAGGAUCUCUCCCUUGGAGCCAACGAUACGGGUAUUUUGAUAUUUUUGAACAUUGGAGAGAAGAUUUGUCGUGCCUACAAAGAUUGUCAAUUCGUACGCCGAUGAAGCCUUGAUAUAAUGUCAGCUUACAGAAUGACACGGCGUUCAACUUAGGGAAGGUCAAGGUGAUGCUGGUUGCAAGGUCGACACCAGUGUGGUGUUGUAGCAUCGUACUGCCAACCUUGUCAGGAGGUGUGAGCUGAUUCAUAGGAUGGCGGUAGAGGAUCAUCAUUGUCUACAUAUGGUUCCGCACGAUAUGUCAGCCAACCUUUCGCCACAACGGGCGAAGUAUGGACUGAGAACUUACCCACACGAGAGGGUAAGGUCCAAGAUCAAGGAGGCUACCACCGCCAAGCUCAGCAGCGAACAGUCGGUUUGUAUUAGGUCGUUUCUUGUAGGCGUCCAUGGCGAGGUCCGAGUACAUGCAUCUGA